AAAAAUGCUUGAAGCUUUAGUUGUGAUUUGUGAGGAUUCUUUAAAUAAGUAUAGAAACGAGGAUUACUGGAUUAGUAUCCGAUAGAAUUUACUGAGAUGGAACCUACCUUCCCAGUUGAUCAGAAUGAGUUGUCUGAACCUUGGAAUCUAAAGACACAAAUAUCUUGCUGACUUUACCCCUGUAUGUGAUUCUUUUGAUGGAUAUACUUCAUUAUUAGAAAAGCUUAUGAUGGACUUUAGGAAAAUAAUAUUAAGACUGUCCACUUCUGCUAGGAAAGAGUUGCAUUGUCAUAUCAACUAGAUUCAUAUAGCGAAGAAUAGAUACUUCUACCACGAGGAGGAUAUCAUAGUAGAACUCCAACAAUGUAAGAAAGUGAGACAGUUUCUCUUGACACUUAACCCUUACCAAAAAGUGGCAGCAAUGAAUGAUGACAUGCCUAUUGGUUGGCCAUUUGGGCUUGGCUUCUUGAACAUGAUGAGACUUAGAGUUGGGGAAUCCCUCCCAGCAGCUUCAAUGGCCCCUUACCAAUUGCACGUGCCAUCCACCAGUUUCUCUUCAUUUUCAUCCUCUAACCUUGAUACUGAGUCAACAGCAUCGUUCUUCCAAGACAACAGUGUAUCCCUUGCACAGCUAAUUGGAAUUAGACCAGGUGACAGAGGACGCUUGUACUUCCCAAACUCACUGAGGUUUGAAGAAAGGAAGAAGAAAUUAGCGAAGAGUUCCGGUUCUGAUGGCUCUAAAGUACAAGGAAUGGAUAUGUCUCGAGUCAUUUGCAUACCCUUGCUAAAGAUUAGAAAGUGUAAGAAGAGUUCAAGGAACUAGAACAUCAUUGUUCCAUUUGAGAAUACCAAUUAUUCACUAAUGAUUUCGAGUUAUUUCAGCCAGUUUUUCUUACACGACCCGUUUUAAGUUUCCCCAAGUUUGUUGUAUCUUUGUUUUACUACAUACUAUGGAAAUAUAAUAAAAAAAGGUUACUUGUAUUUUCAUACUA